AUGGCGCCUGCUCGGGACUUGCAGCAUCGUGCCCGCAAAUUACUCCUGAAGGCGCUGACAGCCUGGAGAUCGCACGGCUUUGAUUGCGAUGCUAUUCGCCACAUUCUUGAGCACGUGCAGAGGCAAAUCCGCGACUUCGAGCAGAGGGCAGGGCAGCUGCACCUGGCAGCCUCGGCCAAAGUCUGGCUGGCCAUCCAGAAGGCAUUGACCAGCUUAUUGCAGCCUCGCCAGACUGAGGAAGGGGAGGUUGCAAUCCAGCGCCUUAGGCAGGCGCCAUCUGCCAAAUCUCUUCUGUUCGGCAAAAGCACCAAGAAGGCAGCAUUGGCAGAAGCCAUGGCAGCCUUGGGUGGAAGAGCUACUCAAAAACAGCUGGAGGAGUAUUUGCGGAACACGCCCCAUGCUCUAGGAGAUGCGGAUGCUGAGACCAUCGAGCGCAGCAUACAGUGCUUCCGUGCUUCUGAAUAUUUUGAGCUGUUGGGCAAAGAUGCGAAUGGGCGGAACGUCUACGGUCCAGCCAAACCUUGCCCCACAGGCAUCCGACGAAAGAAGCAUGGCUUCACCGCCCGGAUGCACCUGGUCCAUGCGGGGUGUUGUUGCGUCGGUCCUCUGCGGGCAACCAUGGCAGAUGCAUCCAAGGAUUACGCCCAGUUGCGAGCGUGGCGAGCAGCCAUGUCGGGGAAGGAGCUGAUCAAGCAGGUUCGGCGCUGGAACGGCGCGCACGUGACAAGGUAUGUUCGCGCUGCCCGCGGCAGUGAGGAGG